AUGGCUUUGUGUCAGAAUCGUCUCCAGGAGGAGAGAAAGCAGUGGCGACGUGACCAUCCAUUCGGUUUCUACGCAAAGCCCCAGCGCAAUUCGCAAGGCUUACUCGACCUGAAGAACUGGGAGUGCGGUAUUCCUGGAAAAGACAAGACUCUGUGGGAAGGUGGUCUAUUCAAAAUGAGCGUUAUAUUCCCGGAUGAAUACCCAACGAAGCCACCGAAGUGCAAAUUCACUCCUCCGCUCUUUCACCCAAAUGUGUACCCCUCGGGGACCGUGUGCCUGUCGAUCUUGAAUGAAGAGGAAGGGUGGAAGCCAGCCAUCACAAUCAAGCAGAUCCUCUUAGGCGUCCAAGAUCUCCUCGACGAUCCCAACCCCGAGUCGCCAGCUCAAGCGGAUGCAUACAACCUGUUCAAGAAGGAUAAGGCGGCUUACGAGGCAAAGGUCAAGAGGAUUGUUCGGGAGAACCCUGCGCCGUAG